CGGAUGUGUUGCGAGUGGUUUCCGCUGUUGACGGCUCUGUGGUAAAAGGCGUCGCUAGUAAACACCUCCGAAAACUCACAGCGGACAUUAAACCUGCAAACACCGAGGUAUCGAACCUCCUCCGCGGCUCACACUAACACAGUCGCUGCUGCCCGGUUUCCCGGCCCCGUCCGCGGGUGUGUCAGUGACGGUCAGCGUCUCGAAGGACUGCCGGGGCGUUAGCCAGCUAGCUCGCUAGCACCUCCACCUAGCCGUAGCAGCAGCAGCAGCAGCAGCUAGCAUUAGCAUUAGCGUCAGGCGUCAAGAUGAUAGCGCUCAUCAACAAACUGCUGGACUGGUUCAAGGCGCUGUUCUGGAAGGAGGAGAUGGAGCUGACCCUGGUGGGGCUGCAGUACUCCGGCAAGACCACCUUCGUCAACGUGAUAGCGUCGGGGCAGUUUAGUGAAGACAUGAUUCCUACAGUUGGAUUCAACAUGAGGAAGAUCACUAAAGGCAACGUCACCAUCAAGUUGUGGGAUAUCGGCGGUCAGCCUCGCUUCAGGAGCAUGUGGGAGCGUUACUGCCGAGGAGUCAGCGCUAUCGUUUACAUGGUCGACGCAGCAGAUCCAGAGAAAAUCGAAGCCUCCAAGAACGAACUCCACAACCUGCUGGACAAACCGCAGCUGCAGGGAAUUCCUGUUCUGGUUCUGGGGAAUAAGAGAGACCUACCAGGAGCUCUGGAUGAGAAGGAGCUCAUAGAGAGGAUGAACCUGUCGGCCAUCCAGGACAGAGAGAUCUGCUGCUACUCCAUCUCCUGCAAGGAAAAGGACAACAUCGACAUCACCCUCCAGUGGUUGAUCCAACACUCCCGGACUAAGAGGAGUUCCUGAGAACAGAGACACGCCCCCUACCAAACAGGCCACGCCCAUACACCCUAACACACCCUCUCUCUGAUCACCCCCCCCACCCAUCUCACCCCCACUGCUCUUCAACAACAUCUGUACUCCCUCUCCCCACACUAUCACCCUCCCUCCCCUCCACCCACCCCCCACCUCCACCUCUGGAUGCAUUGAUACCUCUGGGCUUUGGUUUCUCCGCAGCUGGAUCAAAUAUAUAUUUUUGGGCCAAUUUCUAUGAUUGUUGCAGCUGAAGAAAUCCUCCUGCAGCUCAGAGUUAAUGGCGGUAGCGUUGGUUUUGUUAAGGGAAAUGUGCAGAAAGACGUGAACACGGAUUCAAACACUCGAAUCUGCGGCAGCGAGAAUAUGAGUUGCUCCACGUGAAAGAAACAGUAUUAACAAUAAUUAGGUCAAAGUGAGUCUGUGAAUGUUCCAUGGACGGGUGGGUGUGGUUUUAAUGUCUGAGGAAGAGGAAGAGUUCACAGCAGAUAGCAGGAGCUCGAUGAAGUGACGUCAUCUCGGUUUUAACAGUGAAGUGGUAUCAGUGCAUCUUUACAGAUCCACACAACAACUUCCAUCACGUUUACUUUUUUUUAUUUAAUCAAACCGUCGCCAUUUUGACUGUUGAUCUUCACCGUAACUGCCAAAAAACUACAAACUGAUAAAUAUCCUUUUUGCUUUUUCUUUCCGAAGGCCAUAAAAACACUUUGUUGGCUGGAGCCUGUUUUGUGGAUCUGAUCAUUUCCUAAUCCUAUUACCUGCCAUCAUCAUUUCCUCUCCUCCUUCUUUUCCCACCCCUAUUGAUUUUCAUCCCUCCCUCUCUCCUUCCAUUUUCCCCUCUCUACCUCCACAGCAUCUCUCCAUCCAUUAUUUCACCUUUAUAUAAUCCUUAGAAGCUCCUCUUCCUCCCUCGUCUGUUGUAAACUGCUUGUCCUCCUCUGUACUCCCUCUAUCUUUCCUUCCUUCCUUUUCUUAUUUUUGGAUGUUACCUUCUUCCUCUCUUUCCUCGUCGCCCAGCCCCUCGCUGUCUUUCUCUCUCUCCUGCUGAGCGAGGGAUUAAAAACCUUUUUAUUGCACUGUUGAUUUUGGUUUUGUAAGAUAUUAAUAAUGAGAAUAAUGUUAAUAAUCUUCUUAUUGUGAUAUAAGCUGGUCUGUCCAGAUUUAAUGAAGUGGUACUUAAACUGGAGAAGGAGAUUGUUAUUGUUUCUGUUCAUAUCUCUGUAAUAAGCUUUUUAUUUCUUAUUUGUUUUAUAUGGUUGUUUUUUAUUGUUUGUUGAGUUUUCUCUGGACGCUCAGCCGGAGUUCAGUGUUUUCUGCUCUGAGACGUCUGCUGAUUGGACCAGGGGUGUCACGUGAUCAGGCUGCAAUGUUCACACCCUGGCUUUAAAUGGAGAAUUGUAAUAAGACUCAUUAAAAGCCACAUAUUACAUUUUUAUUUUAAAAUCGAUUUACUUCAAUGUUUUCAUCCAUUUAUUUUUUCUGUGACUAUUAGUUUAAAACAUGACAAAUAGAGUCAGACAUAAGAAUAUAACAUAAUUCUGUGGGGAGGAUUCCAUUUGUAUAUUGUUGGCCAUAGACUUGCUAAUGUUAGUAUUUCUGAUAAACCAGAUAUGAUAGAUUUAUGAUUCCAAAGUUUGUUCUGCAUCGAUGCAACACAAGGAAAACUUCUUAAGAUAUAUUUAUUUAUGUCGUCUAUUGAAUCAUUUGGGAGUAACAACAAAUAUUCAGUCAUUCAAACCUUUAGUAAAACCAUUAAGUACAAGUUAGUGUUUAAACACACAACACUGACUUUAACAAAAUAGAUGUUUGUAAAGAGAUAAACAAUUUAAGAUUUUAUUCUCCGAUUCCUGAUCUAGAAGUUGGGACUCGGAACAUGAGCACGUAGCUUUGUCCAAAGAUCCUCAUCAGCAGUAUGGCCACGCCCUCAUGGUUUGUUUCAGCUGUAACAUUAUUGGUCGUAUCACGUCCCGACACAUCCUGGUCCGCAGCCAAUCAGACGUCAGAACAGGCAGGAACGCGACCUGUCUGUAUGUUUCUCUGUACCGUGGUCAUCUUGGUGAAGAGUGGUCACACGGUCAGCGGUGUACGUGGGAGAUUCAUUCUGCUUGCACACACUCUUUACACUGUCGGGCCAAACGUGGCUUAUUCUGCCGUCAGGAGACUUUCUGUGCUCUGGUGAAACAUCCGAUUCAGACUAAGUCCAGAUUCCCAGAAACAGUUUGUGAGUUGCCAAUUUUAUUCAGGAAGCAAAGGCUGUGACAAAAUUAUUCUAAUCCCCAAUUAAACUUUAGAAAAACUCAAACUUUCUGCAGACCCGUUUUCUUUUGUCUAAAUAAUCGCUUCAUAUUUUAAACGGACUGUCUGGAGUGAUGCACAGAGAGAUACAUCAGCUUGGUUUGUUUUUUGAGUUUAUAUUGAGGCAAGAAAAUUGAAGGUUUGGUUGGUUCAUUGACGUCACGUCCACGUAAAUCGGAUGUUUGCAGCGUAGGUCAGGAACCAACAGCCUCGUGCAGGUGUGUUCAAAUAACAUCAGAGUUUCAGCUGUUGAUUUUGGCAUAAAACUGUCCCAGUCACAGACUUUACAUUCUGGUGAGUUUGGACUCCUGAAUUUAAUUUAACCAGUUCAAACUAGAAUCCCAACAAAGCGUCUUUGAACUCCCAAGAAUGUGAGGCCCACUCCCAGCAGUGCGAGAUCAAACCAACAAUGGGACGUCCCACUCUUAGAUACAUAAUGUCCAACUUACUGCAACACAAGGUCUCUUCAAACCUUUUAUUGGGGGAAAGUCCUUUUGUUUUUCCUUGAAAUGUGAUUUUCACAACAGCGCCCUCUUUAGCCCGACAGUGGAAAGCUGCUUAUUUCUUAAUAACUACCCAGAGCUGACCUGGAGGAGCUGUGUGAACCGAGGCCCCAGCGGGUGUCGCUCUUUAUCGGACCAGAGAACAUCUAGAAUAAUUCCCAUUGAGUCGUUUUACUCUGAGGAUUUGAAUCUGGAUCCUGUUCAGCCUCUUAACAGCUGUCUGUUCUCCAGCUGCUCCAGGUUUCAGGUUGUGUUUCCUGAAGCAGCCACGAGUUGUCUGACUCCAUUCAGGGCCACUGGGAGUUUAUUGAUCUGUUGAUCAGCCAGCACCGUGAUCUUUAGUUGUUGAUGCCGUCAGGCGGAUCAGAUGGCCAAGAGGAUUUCAAAGGUACAGUUUGUAGUUUGAUAGAAAUCCAGCAACAGGAAUUCGCAGCGGUUUGAAACGGGAAUAAAGCAAUUUAGUGGUCGAGACUUCAAAUAUUCAGUGUACGACAAAAAACAUGAAGCAUAUUGAUUCUAUAUAUGGUGGCACGGUGGUGCAGUGGUUAGCUUCACUGCAAGGAGGUUCUCAGUUGGAAUCCCAGUACCACUGGGGCCAAUCUGAGUGGGUUUCCUUCAGGUACUCUGGUGCCCCCCCACAGUGCGGAUUGGGGUCACGUUAACUGGAGACUCUAAACUGUCUGUAUGUGUGAAUAUAGACGAGCUGGCGACGCGUCCAGGGUGAAACCCGUCGCUCAGCCAACGUCAACUGGGACCGACUCCAGUUCGACCAGUGAGACCAAACAUGUCUGAGGCAGGAGGCGAUGAAUCGUACCAGUUCAUGUUUACUUCUGAUGUUUGCCAGAAGUAGUCGUAUGAAAAGUUGAAUCUUCAACUUCUUUAAGUACAAAAACAACGAUAACUAGAAUCCCAGCGGAAUCAGACAGACCGAUUAAACCAAAACAGUUUAAAGUGGUCUCUUGUCUUUUGGGAUUCAGACUCUGAUGAGUUGUCUCCUGAAUCAGAUGGUCCUGGUUCAUCAUCCCAAGCGUGUGAACCUUGAAAUCCUUGGCUUCUGAUUGGCUCUGAGCUCUUAUGUUUGCAUGCGGAGGGCAGAGAUUGUAUAUCUGUAGGGACCUGACGAUGUUAAAAGUUAUUUUGGUGCGACUUUAUCGUGAAAUGGCCUUAAUCCAGUGAGUGUUAACCUAUAAAGACGUAAAGAACACGACACGAAAUGUCCUUAAAACAGUGCAAUAAAACAGAAGUAUUGAUAUUGUGCUUUAAACAGUUUCUACAUGUUUCUAAGUACAUGAUGUCAGAGAAGGAUCCGUGUGCUUUACAGAUGAAAACACUGGAAUAUGGUCAUUGUGAUGUAAAGUUUGGCCUGUUUUCUUUUUUUAAGGAGAAAAAAAAAAUCCAGUAACGACCUUUGACCCUGCAUGUACGAACUGAACCGUGGCAGGAUGUGAUGUCACACGUGUGUCACAAUCAUCCUGUUUGGUUCAAUCUUCACCUGAAGGUCGACGACAGAGGAUUUAAAAACCGAAUCAGCAACGAAAUCCAAACACGAGAAGCAACAAACAAACAAAUCGUCCACUUGCUCUGUAGCUUCAGGUCAUCGGACGGGAUCUUUCUCAGCAGAUACGCCUGCUCGGUGGUUAUAGAAUUUUAGAUGAUCACAUAAAAAAGAAAAAUUUAUAAUACAUUUUAAUAAAAUCCCAUGUUCUUUCCAAAGAUGUUAAAUCAGUUUAAAAUGGUUUAAUUUGUUUGCAUGGAGCUGAAUUUGAGUUUUAGAAUUUUUUUUUCAGGAUCCAAAAGAAACUAAGAAAAACAAAAACUCAGAUUCAGUCCAACAGGAACAAAUCUGAGUUUUAAAAUAUUUAAUGGGACCUGAAUUUAAUCUGAACUCGUCAUCACGUGGGCUGCGUCUGACAAUACUUGACGUCGGCCUGUUGUCAGUUCAGCGGGUCCUUGGUUCUCUUUUUGUUUUGGAAGUAUGUCUCAACGUUUUCAGAGGAUCUGUGGAAGUCCAAUAGGAAGUGAGUUUUUAUGACUUAGACCAAAUUGCAGCUAAAUAUUUAUUCUCCUUCUUCCUCCCUACGGUACCGCGGCUCAUUUCUGCUUCUCUUCUUCCUCUUUUUCCUCUUUUAUCGUUUAAUUGUGUCUCAACUUCCUGAUAUUGGUGUAAAAGUCCAAAAAUUGUUUUCACACUGCGAACCAACGGAACCGUGGUUCUUUUAGAUCCGGGCCGAGGAACCGCUCACACCUGAUCCUUGGUCUUUACAUUGGAAUUUGAGUCUUUACAUAUUUAACGGACACAAACUUCUGCCUAACAAAGAGUAAAUUAUAAGGUUUUUACCCAGAGACAGAGUAAGUGAGCUGCUGGUUGUCCAGUGCCUUGCUCAAUGACACUUUUAACAGGUCACAUGUUUAACCACUGCUGUGUUUGGAUUUCUCUGGUUUUGUUUCUGAUCCUGUCGGCGUGUUUGUACAUGUGGGGUUCAACACGGUGAAGACGGACGUCGCUUUCAACUCGUUUGUACAUUAUGAUUUGAUUCAGUUGAUAUAAUGUGUUUUAAUAGAAACAUGCUUGUGUAUGAUACUAAUAAAAACACUAUGGAGAAACAACA